GCCAUUUUGUGUCGCAGCCGGAGAAGGAGGAGGACGAGGUGGGUCCUGGUGUGUCUGCCCCCGGGUCCGCGAGAAAACCGCUCGGCGAACGUUACCGUCUCCGUCAAUAAACACCGACCCGCCCGCAGCGAGUGUUCCGGGAAAAGAAGAAUAUAAAGAUGGUGAAGAUUUUCGUGGGGAACCUGCCGCGGCCAACCACCGCCGAGGAAAUCCGGGCCCUGUUCGAGAAAUACGGCGAAGUCAGCGAGUGUGACCUCAUCAAGAAUUAUGGAUUUGUGCAUAUGGACAACAAGGAAGCAGCAAAGGAGGCCAUUGAGAACCUGCAUCACUACAAGCUGCAUGGGGUCGCCAUCAAUGUGGAAGCCAGCAAGAGCAUGACCAAAUCCUCCACCAAACUCCAUGUGGGCAAAGUGAGCCCCAACUGCACCAGCCAGGAGCUGCAGGCGAAGUUCGAAGAGUAUGGCACUGUUCUCGAGUGUGAUAUCAUCAAAGAUUACGCAUUUGUGCACAUGGAGAGGGGAGAGGAUGCCAUGGCAGCCAUCAAGGGGCUGGAUGGCACAGAGUUAAAAGGAAAACGGAUUCAUGUUGAACUGUCUAAGAGUCGGCUGCGGGUACAGCCUGGGAUGGGUGAGAAGAACACCUGUUUCCGCUGUGGGAAAGAUGGCCAUUGGUCCAAAGAGUGCCCUGCAGAUCGGCAGGAGAUGGGCCUUGGCUUUGCUCAUGACUACCUUGACCCGUACGCCAUGCACCACCGUUAUGGGGAGCAGCCCUUUUACGACAGCAGGUAUGUCGACUACUAUGAGAAGUACCGAGCUGGGGCAUAUGGAGCAGUGGGGACUCCGUACCCAGACCGCUGGGGCACCCCUAUGGCUGGCUACGGCGCUUCCAUGAGAGAGCGCAUGCCUAAAGCGUUGGAGGCGUACAGCCAGAGCUCCAUAAGCCAGCCACCGACCUAUUACGCCCGGGAUCGGAGCCCACUGCGGCGGCCGACCGCAUCGACCAUCACCGACUACGCCACUGCCGCGACUGAGUAUGCAGCUGCCGCAGCUGCAGCCGCUGCCACCAACUCCGACUAUGGGGCAGCCACCUCCACUGCCGAGUAUACUGCCAGUGACUACGCUGCUGCUGCUGCCAGCUAUGCUGCUCAAGACUAUGCCAGUGCUAACUAUGCCACUGGCAACUAUGCUGCUGCUACCACGACCGCUGACUACGCCAGUGCCAACUACAGCGCCAGUGACUACGCAGCCGCCGCUGCUGCCUAUGCGUAUGACUAUGGACACACCAUGAGCAACAGUGGUGCCUACUCUACAGCGGGUACAACAGCGGAGGCCUACGCGGAGCAUUCUCAAUACUCCGCUUAUUAGCCACAAGGUUUGGUAAUACCCGUUGACGAGAACCGCGGUUUCCCUUGGUACACACACAAACUCGGGUCGUACGUUGUGCGGAUUACACUCACCGUCGGGAUUUAGCGCGGAGGACACCAGGGGAAAAUGCUAUCUGUAUACCUAAAUAUUGAUGGUUCUCUCUUUUUUUUAAAAACUAAAGAAGGAAGGAAAUAGCUGCAAAAACUUAUCUUUUUUCUCAAGAUCUGUGACCAUUUUUAUUUUGCCUUUUUUUUUUGAAAGUUCUGUACAUUGCAAUUUUUUUCCAAAGGAAGAGAAUAAAAAUCUUUUGGUUUGAUGUUACUUGUAACUGUGUUUUGUAAUGGGUGAACUCUCUCUGACGUGAAGUUGUCCUCUAGUUUAAAGUGGAUUGUGGCCGUAAUAUAGCCGCCCUUGUAGUACCCUGCAAUAAAUGAUCAGUAUUGGACCUGA